AUGUCCUCGACCACCACCACCACAACCACAUCCACCGCACCGAUGGCAUCGCACGCAUCACGAACCAGAACCAUGCCAUUAACAAUCUCGACCUCUGCUCCCGAUUAUUCGGGAGCGGUACCUGCGGACGGCGCACACAACCAAUCACCAACCCGUCAGCGCUCAGCACUGCCACCGCCCUACCCGCACCGCACCGCCAGCAACCCCACUUCCCCAGAUCCGCACCCUGACCGGUACCAAUAUCAGUCGCAGUAUGAAUAUGAAUACCAGUACGCCGACUCGCCCAGAUCCUCCACUUCGACUACCGCCUCCCCUAUCGCCACAAACACAACCUCAAACACAUCCACCAGCUACCAAAGCGUGACCGGCCACCGCCGCAACCCGUCCUCGCGGCGCUCCACCGAACCACCCCCCUCCGCACCCCCCUCCAAGAGUCUCCGCUUCCUCCCAAGCAGCAAGCAUGAGAGCGGGAAUUCCAGCCCACGGAGCCCAACGAGCCCGGGGACGCCACGGAGCUCAACGGCCAUGAACAGGAGACAUUCACACGAGCCACGGCGGAAUCUGCACACGGAGUGCGGACGACACAGCGACGCGUGGCUCUUCGGCGGGUUCUCAGUAAGCGGCGCCGUGAAGAAGAUGUGGAGCAAGGACCGAGAGAGGGGGGAUGGGAGAGGGGACGAGUAA